CUCUUUUUCCUCUUACAAGUUACCACAAAGAAAAACAGUCGUCGUGUUUGUCUAUCCAACAGAUGAACAAAGCACAUAGUUAGAAUAUGCUCAAAUUUCGCAGCAACUUCAAUGGCGUCCAAAACCUCUACUUCAUCCAUAAUUUCCGCCAUUUUCUACUCUAUUCAACUUCAACCUCAACAAAAGGAAAACCUGAUUUCGUAAAUUACUUGGUUGAUAAAUUAGGGUUCUCCAGAAAAAAAGCUCUUAUCACUUCUACUAAAUUGGUCCACUAUCGGAUGAGACGAGGUGCGAAAAAGGUCAGUGAAUUCAAUUUCGUUCAUAAUUAUCAUUCCGUGAUUACAUUUUUCAAACAAAUUGGGCUUGAACAAUCUCAAAUUCGAAAUGCCAUAUUUCGUAAUCCCUUAAUUUUGUCGUGCAAUGUUGACAAAACCCUAAUACCUAAGACAGAACUUUUCCAGAAAUUGGGUUUUUCUGAAUCUGAUAUUGCUAAAGUUAUUGAGGUGAAUCCUUCAAUAUGUCUAAUGGGUUUGAAUACUAAUAUUAUACCGGCAAUUCAAGCUUUGAAGGAAAUUAUGGGUUGUUAUAAUCAUGUGAUCUCAAUUUUGAAGAAAUCGCCUCGAAUGCGGCUUUCGUGCAUUCCCAAACUUUUCCUGCCUAAUGUAGAUUUAUUGCGUAAUUAUGGGAUUCCCAUUGAAUUAAUCCGGAAACACAUACUUAGGAAUUUGUUCUCCUUUCUUCGGAAAACUGAUUUUUUUCAGAAUGCAGUGAUUAGUGUUGAAGGGAAGUUGGGGAUCCCUCGACACUCUCCACGGUUCUUGUUAGGUGUUGUGUUACUGACCUCUUUUAGGGAGAAGACUAUCGAGUCGAAAAGACGAGUAUUUAAGAGCUUUGGGUGGACUGACUCUGAUAUUGUAACUCUUUCAAUAUCAACUCCUUUUGUUUUGGCACUUUCUGAAGCUAUGAUCGAGAAGAAGUUGGAUUUUCUUAUGAAUGAGAUGGGUUACGAGCCGAAUUACUUGGCAAAGAGGUGCAUGAUGAUAACAUCUAGCUUGGAGAAGAGAGUACUGCCUAGACAUAAGCUUCUCUUAGUCUUGAAGGAGAAAGGUUUGUUGAGGAUGGAUUACCUUCUUUAUAGUGCUUUAUCCAUGACUGAGUCUCAGUUUUUGAAGAGGUUUGUGUUACCAUAUAAGGAAGUCCAUGAAGUUUAUUCCAAAUAUGCAGGUAUUAGUUUGGAGAUGCUAACUCUAGGAUCGUCGAAACCAAAUUCCAAUGUCUCUUGUUGCUAGGUAGGUUUACAAUUUUGGAUGCAACAUUUAAUUUGUUGAAAUCAGUAAUUUCAACUAGCUGCUAAUGAUGGAAAAAGAAAAAAAAAGCUGCUGACUGGUCUUGAUGAUUUUUCAUUGUAUCACUUGUGGGAGCUGCUAUUUUGAUGCUUCAGAGCUUCUUUUUUGUGCGAUAGUUUCCUGAAUGUACCUAUGCUUCAUAUUGUUCAUAGUUGGACAGUGUAAUGGCUGACUGUCAAUUCUUAGUGGCUUCAUGAAUCAUGACUAUUUUUUCGGUCAUUAUUAUGUGAA